AUGGUACUUGUUCGAACGAUUCAAAAUGAAACUAUUUGUGAAAGGGUUGCCACUGCAUAAAGAUAUGGAAAUUGAAGAUAUACUCGGGAAACCAAUGAAAGCAAUCGACAUCUUCUCUGGAGCAAUACGAUAUAUAAAGGAGCAUUUGUUGAAUGUAUUAAAUGAUCCAGAUAGGGAAGAUCAAUUGUCAGUCAAACCGGAUACUGACAUUCGCUGGGUCCUCACAGUACCUGCCAUAUGGAAUGACUUAUCAAAGAAGUUUAUGAGAGAGGCAGCAGCUAACGCUGGCAUCCCUGACCACAUGUUAUUGCUAGCUUUGGAACCAGAAGCAGCUUCUCUGUACUGUAAGAGAGAAUUAGGGACUGAUACAAUACCAAUCGGUUGUCGAUAUCUGGUACUAGAUCUAGGAGGAGGUACAGCAGACAUUACAUGCCAUGAAGUCAACACUGAUGGAACGCUGAAGGAAUUACAUCCGCCAACUGGUGGUGACUUUGGCGGCACUAAUGUAGAUAACGCCUUUAUGAACGUGCUGGUUCGCAUAUUUGGUGCAGAUAUCAUUAAACAAUUCAAACAACAAUGCAUGAAUGGAUACUGGAGCUAAUGAAAA